AUGAAUCGAAAAGAAGUAUAUAACUAUAAACCAAGGUUACAAGAAAUUGUACCAUCCACACGUUUCGGACAAGCAUUAGCAUCACUUUUUUAUUUAAAACGACACAAAAAACGAGAUGAUUAUGGUCGUGCCCCUGUUGUAUCACGUCUUCGAGCUCAAUCAACAUUACAAAUAACAGCAUCACCUAGUUGUAAUACAAUGCCAUUUGAAGUUUUAACACCAAUAAAAACAUCAACAACACCACCACCUAUUCGAUUAUCUUCGUUGAAAUGA